AAAAAAAAAAAGGCGUGACACGGCCGCGGCUCUUUAACUUUUAUUUCAUUCGAAGUACUCUCCCUCAGUUCCGGCGCCUUUCAGGAAGUCGUUCGUGCCUGCCGAUCAGCAACAUUCGUCACAUGUAUGAUGGGUUCCUCAGAUGGGAUCGAUCUUUUGCACCUUAAUCAAAGUCUCCAUUCGGAACCGAAACUCGUUUUGAUUUUCAGCGGCAAGCGGAAGUCGGGAAAAGAUUACGUAACGGAUAUCGUCCUUGAUCGGUUAGGAGAAGACGUUUGCGCCGUGAUUCGUCUUUCAGCGCCCCUCAAACGGGCUUACGCUCAGAAACAUGGUCUGGAUCUGGAACAGCUGUUGGGUUGCGGUAUUUACAAGGAGAUCUACCGGGCCGACAUGAUCCGCUGGGGUGAAGCUCAAAGACGCCAAGAUCCCGGAUUCUUCUGCCGGUUGGCGACGGGAGGAGUGUGCCGACCCAUUUGGGUGGUGAGCGACGCGCGUCGGAUGUCAGACCUUCAGUGGUUUUGGGCCAAGUUUCCUCAACAGACCUACUGCGUCCGUGUGGAAAGUCGAGAAGAAACACGCAGGCAGAGGGGGUGGAGCUUCUCCGCGGGCGUGGAUGAUGCAGAGUCCGAGUGUGGCCUGGACGACAGUGUCGAGUUCCAUUGGACAAUCACUAAUGAGGCUGACGCCCCCUCGUUAGAGGACCAGUUGCGGCCAAUUAUAGCGCUUGCGGUGGAAGCGGCGGCAGGCGAUGCCAAUCACUAAUCGAUGGAUAUCAGCAAAGCGGCAAAAGAGAAUACCCGGAGAGUGUUGUGCGGGCGCCAUAUUGUCACGCUGGUUCAUGCUGCAAUAUGACUAAAAGGCCAUCUGUAGGGUUAAUUUCCACAGAAUCCUCACAAUAUAAUUUGGCUAGGAGAUGUUCCUCAGCCAGUUAGCGAGCGAUGAGAAACUCUAUAAUUACCAACGCAGUUUAUGAGAAGUCGUCUAUAAUUACCAAUGCACGGAAAAUUGGGGUGUGUUUUUCAAAUGAUUAAAUAGGUCCUGUAUAACAGAUUUAACACGAAGGCAUACAAGAAUUUUGGUCAUGUUGUGUGGGCCAAUAAAUUCAACCCCUGAACACUACACAAAACGUUUCAAUUAUGUCAUUUAUUUGUGUAACCCUUCUUCACAGCCGUCUCAAAGGGCUUCGGAAAAAGACUUGCUUGGGAAAAUACUGACUGCCGGCUGGGUAAGCCAUUGGCUGACCAAUUGCUUUUUGGUUAGCUACAUUCCAUUCCGCAUCCCAACAUGAAAAUUUUGAUUUUUACUGGCAAAUGUUGAAUAUUUGAGAUUGUUGCACACUGCCCAAACACCGGGGCAAAUUCACAGCUAACA